GACUGUGAGGAGGCGCAAGCACGGACGCCAUCUUGAGGAGACCCUGAACGCAGCGCUGGUUUGGUGACUGACAACAAUCUCAGGCGCAUCAUGAUGGGAUUACUCACCAACAAGUAAAACAGCAUCACGGCAGUUUUUGGGGAGUUGCAGACACUAAAGGGAAAGCAGAGGAGCUGUCCCGGCAAGUGUGGACCGCUCCGGGUUGUCUGACAGGAGAGAGGCUGCCCUGUAAAGCCUGAUGGCCGGCUAGCUGCGCUCUGGACUCCGCCGCGGCCUGCUCGGGAGGAGGAAGGGUGGUGACGGCGCAAAAUGCUCCACCGCUGACUCCCAACAAGACACUGAUCCUACCCAGAGACUCGCUGCGAGGUGGACGACGAGCAAGAUGCACUUAUAGAUUUUUUUAAACGCUCUUAACUUUCCGAUUUGUUGUUGUGUGUAGAGGCCGUGAGCAACAGUGAAGUGCCGUCUUGCGUACACUGAAUCCGCAGACAUGUCAUCCAACUGCUCCAGCGCUGCGCCCGUCAGCGCCAGCAAAACCAAGACGAAAAAGAAGCAUUUUAUAGGACAGAAAGUGAAAUUAUUCCGUGCAAGCGAGCCCAUUCUCAGCGUUUUAAUGUGGGGUGUCAACCAUACGAUUAACGAGUUAAGUAAUGUGCCUGUACCAGUAAUGCUGAUGCCAGAUGACUUUAAAGCCUACAGUAAGAUCAAAGUGGACAACCACCUAUUUAACAAAGAAAACCUGCCUAGUCGCUUUAAGUUCAAAGAAUACUGUCCCAUGGUGUUCAGAAACCUGAGGGAAAGGUUCUGCAUCGAUGACCAGGACUACCAGAACUCUCUGACGAGGAGCGCCCCACUCAACAGUGACUCCCAGGGUCGCUUCGGCAACCGCUUCCUGUCCAGUUAUGACCACCGCUUUGUAAUCAAAACCGUGUCCAGUGAGGACAUUGCUGAGAUGCACAACAUCCUAAAGAAAUACCACCAGUUUAUAGUGGAGUGUCAUGGCAACACGCUGCUCCCUCAGUUCCUGGGCAUGUACAGGCUAACGGUGGACGGGGUGGAGACGUACAUGGUGGUGACCCGGAAUGUAUUCAGCCAUCGCCUCACUGUACAUCGCAAAUAUGACCUGAAGGGUUCUACGGUCUCAAGGGAAGCCAGCGACAAGGAGAAGGCUAAAGAACUCCCCACUUUUAAAGACAACGACUUCCUGAAUGAAGGCCAGAAGCUGCAGAUAGGAGACGACAACAAGAAGUACUUUUUGGAGAAGCUAAAACGUGACGUAGAGUUCCUGGCCACCCUGAAGAUCAUGGACUACAGUCUGCUGGUGGGCAUCCAUGACGUGGAGCGGGCGGAGCAGGAGGAGAUGGAUGUGGAGGGCGCCGGAGACGAAGAGGAGUACGAGAACGACGGGAUGGGCGGAGGCGUGCUCACCGGCUCCUUCGGCACGCCUCCCGACAGCCCCGGAAACCCCCUCAACUGCGGAGGAUUCUUCGGCCCCGGAGAGUUCGACCCCUCUGUGGACGUUUACGCAAUCAAGAGCCACGACAGUGCUGUGAAGAAGGAGGUGUACUUCAUGGCUAUCAUCGACAUCCUCACGCACUAUGAUGCUAAGAAAAAAGCUGCACAUGCUGCCAAAACUGUGAAACAUGGGGCGGGGGCCGAGAUCUCGACGGUGAACCCGGAGCAGUACUCCAAACGAUUCUACGAGUUCAUGUCCAAUAUCUUAUCAUAGACUCAUCUCCCAUCUCCCAGUCCAGCCAGUCACAUCCUGUCAUAGAUCUGUCAAAUGCCAUGCACUUAUUUCUCUCCUCCGUCACCUCAGUGUAGGUCCAUCUCUCCCCUCCUGCCUCUCUCUCUCUCUCUCUCUCUCCCCCUCUUAAAAAGAACCAGUAUCCUUCCAACAGCUGGGACAAGUCUGGCAGGAAGGAUCCUUAGAGGCUGUUACACUGUCACACACACACACACACACACAUACAGAUACAGAUAAAGCAAUGAUCCUUCUCGCUACCACCUCCUUUGCUCCCUCAUCCAUCGCAAGGAAAACUCGUGACAUCCCUCACUGAAUUUGGAACGACACCCCGAUAAUCUCCCUGUCCUUUUUGUUGUUGUUUUUUUUUUUUUUUUUUUACAUUCUUCUUCCUCCCGGUCCUCCUCAGCCACCUUGUUACUCCUCACGCCAGCACGGGAACUGUCUCACUAAUGCCUUGAACGAGUGUGUCCGCUUCAGCAGUUAACAGUCCGUUAGUACAGUCUCUUCGGUUUCUGUUCAUGUUGUUGUUGUUCUUAUGAUUUCUAUUAGACACACACACACACACACACACACACAGAUGUAGACAAACUCGCACAGAUGCAGAAUGGUCAGAUUGCAUGACAAACUCUUCGACAGUCGCCACCAGGCUUCUCUCUCAAUAUCAACAAAAAAAAUAAUAAUAAAAAGUACUGCUGACAAAUUGGAACGACGGGAUAAACACAUUACUAUAUAAUGGUGUAUUAAGUAAAUGAAUGCAAUAUCAAAAAUGCAUGGCUGAUGUGUACAUGAGACUCCACCAGUAAGUUGAACAUCAAACCACUGAACUUAGCAUCUGAGUGUUAAAAACAGAAAAAAAAAGAAAAAAAAACCAAGAAAAAAAAUUGGUGUUUGAAUGUUACGUUGCCAUAUUGUUUUUGAAUAUUUUUGGAAUUUUAACCGUGAGCUUGGUGGAGGUUGGUCUAAGAAAAAAAAAUUCACAUAAAAAGGGGAAUUCUGCAGCAAAUACUUGUUUUAUUACCAUAAGAAUCAUUUUUAUAUCUUGUUUACAUUAAUGUAGCAAUUUUGUGUUUGUAUACAGUAUUGUUUUGUUACCAACAGACAUUAGAAAAAAAAAAAAGGUUACUUGAAAAUGAUUCAUUGCAUAUUAAAGGGAGUUUUAUCUUGUC